AUGUCUUACAAGAUAUGCGGCGUUGACUACGACGAUGCCGCCGGCAUAUCACGGAACAACAUGACGGCUUUCUAUCGAACCGACCCACACUGGCGGGCUCUAUGGAAGUCCACACCAUUGGAGGACAUUAUCAAAGGCGCGACAGGUCGUAUGCCGAAAGGCCUCAUUUCAGGCCGCGACAAAAAGCGUCAUAUGAAGGCUGUUGACGAGACCACUGGCGAGAUCAUCGGAUACGCGAGGUGGGUUCUGCCGGACGACAACGACAGUAUCUACUGGCCCGAGGCUUUGGUUCGUGAGCCAACUCAGGAGGAAGCCGAAAAGUUCCAGGCAGAUUUUCAAGCCAACACUGAAGGGGGCAUGAUUCCAGGAAUGGAUUCACGACUGCAGGCGGCUAUGGGCAUGCCCCUUGAGGAGGCUGAACUGGAGCUGAUGCGGCAGCAUGAGGGGCCGUUUCUGGUUCUUGACUAUCUCACCGUGCAUCCUGACCACCGGCGAAAGGGGAUCGCGUCAGCUCUUGUCAAGAAAGGCCUAGAACAGGCAGAUUCCGUUGGAAUGAAGGUUUGGGUGAUGGCUACGAUGACAGCUCAGCCGAUGUACGAGAAGCUUGGGUUUCAACAUCUUCGAACUGUGGAAACAAAUGUUACGGAGUUUGGCAUCGAGGAUCCCCAAAGAAAGGCCUUUCUGAUGAAGCGGUAG